GUUUACAAUAUCAUGGUAUACUCACUGUGUGUGUGAUCUUAGUGAGGGAAGGCGCAAUCAACUUCGGAGCAAUAAUUGUAAACGUCAAGUUCAGGCUCUAAGAUGCCUCCGAUUUUAGCAACAAACCCAAGAGGGAGAAAAACUUGCAAAGACUAUUUCUUUGAUGGGCUUCAAGUUGUCCAUUUUGUAAUAGCAAUGGGAUUUUUGUGGGCAGGAAUUGUUGAAUUCAUACGGAAUCCACCUUACUUCGAUGCCUAUGGCGAUGCAGCUACGUUGAAUGAUUUGCCUAAAGGACUGUUUGAGACUGAUCCAAGGAAUAUCAAUAGAGAGCAAUCUCUUCGUCUUAUGGAUCUGCCAAUCCUUUUUAUGCUAUUGUCCUAUUUUGCUGUGUGCUGGUGGUUAAAGUUCAAAGGCUUGUCGUGGAUUUUAACAGCUUGUAUCACCCUUGUAUUGCUUUGUUUCUUCUUUGUUAAUUUCUGGGCCUCAGAACUGUUUGACUGGAGAUAUUACUCACCAAGAAUGAGGGGUCUUGAAACCCAAGUCUUCACAAUCUCGUUGGCUAUUACAACAACUUAUGUUGUGUUGUUCUACUCAAGAAAGAAGAUGCCUUUCAAAUUUAAGGCCACCCUUCCCAUCCAACCAUUUGGAAAGAUCCAAGUGUUCUGUAAUUUUGCAGCAAUAUUUGUAAUUAUUUACCUCUGCUUAAUAAUGUGGUUCUCCAAACUCUACGUUUCGUGGUCCUGCUUUAAAGACUACAGAGAAGUGUUGCAGUUAUGUCAGAGCACUACUAUGGUACAGUGCUUUCCAUGUAAUAGCUGUGAUCCAGAUGAAUUAAAAAGCUGUGUUAGAGAACGACACAUGAUGUUUCAUUGUCAAGAUGAUCUAAAAGAUCAGGGAGCCUUUUGCAUCUUCAACUACAACCUCAGUGUCUUUGUCUUUCUCACAGUUUUUGCCUAUGUUGGUGGCUUGGUGGUGUUUCUCAGCAAAGUCUUUACCAUCUUACUCCAUUACACAUUUCGAGCAUUUUUUCUUUUCAUGAAAUGGUGUCAGAUAAAAUUUAGAGUCAGGGAAGGGCACAGAACAAGCAUGGAUCUUCCCACCAUUCAGGAUAACAUAACGAAUGUGUCUAUACAAGAACCAUUCCAAUAUGUUGAAAGGAACACUCAUAAUGAUGCUGAAGUUACAGACAAUAGUUGUCAUUUAAAUGCAAGUAUUGAUACGUGUCACAUAGAGGAAGGUGACCCAUUUGUUGAUUCCCUUGUGGAAUAGUUUUCACAACUGUGAAAGGAGAGGAAGUUUAAAGAGAAAGCAGAUAAUUAUUGAUAUAAUUAUUAUAAUUUCGAUCAGUUUUGUUUUGUAAUGAACUAAUUUCUUUACCCCUUCAAAUCUCUGGUGGUUAUACAAGAAUCCACUGUUUUAUUAUCUAUAAGGUUACUACAUAGUCUGUGUUUUGUUAGAGAGCUUAACAAUGUCAAAUUAAUUUCGAAUAAAGUUUCUUAUCUGAAGGUUGCUACAUAAUUAUCAAAAGUUAUCUGCCAUUUCCAACACAAACUUCCAGCUCUGAGUUUGCUGCAUACUUUUUGUAAGAAACACCAGUCAGAAAACCGUGAACACUUUGGUUUUAUUCUGAAAAGUCAACUGUGAACUGACCAAUUACAAGAAAGUUCAAGACAAAAGAACACCUGAUGCCUGAUUGGUAAUUUCCUUGAAAUACAGUGACAUUCCAUAAAUUAAGUUAACAGUUGUCUGAGUCCAUGUGGCAAUAAAAGUAUAUUUGUCCAUGCUAUUUCUAAUAGAUACAAAAGAGAGGCUUUGAAAAAUGGUGCAUUCUCCAUCACAGAAAGAUUGAUUAUUUCAUUUCCUAAAAAAAUGUAAAUAUCACAGAUUUUUCAAAUUGAAAUGUUGACUAUUUCAUUCAAAUACUGAUGUCACUCAAGUGCUGGCACCUGGCAUCAGUCUGCAUAUUCUCUAUACCAUUCUCUAGACAUUUCCUAAGAUGCAGCUAAGGAGAAUUUUUUUGACAAUCAAGAGCUUUUUUAGUUGGUGAUCAUUUCCUUCAUUCUCCUGACCUUAAUGUUUGAUUCAGUGGAGUCAUUGUAUGGAGAAAUCAGAUAUUAAUCACACUAAGGGGUCAAACGGUUCAUUCAUUUCAGAGAUGACCACUUGUAAAUGUACAAUUAAGUUCGACUUUUAUUUGUAGUUUUACAACAAAGUAGUGAAUUAUAAAUUAAUGUUUGACUACAUACUGGCAUAAUUAUAUUAAUGAUAGUACAUUUACAAUAAUUGUAUAGUUUAUAAUCAUAUUACACCUGUAUAAAGAAAAUCCUAUGGACAGACAGUCAGAAUUCAGAAAAUAAAAGUGUCAACAGGGUGGAAA